AUGCGGCUCUCGGCCGCCUUUGCCGUCGUCGCGGCCCUCGCAGCGUCGACGACGCUCGCCGCCCCGGCGCCCAAGAACAAGUACGUCAAGCCGAACCGCCUCCUCGCCCGUCCGCUCCCGGCGGGCUUCGACGCGCACGUCGCCGUCAACCAGUACGCGACGACCGACUUCAAGUCGUCGAGUGUCCACGAGACGCCGACGGUCAAGGCGCCGCGCAAGAACGUGUGGGCUGGCCUCACCAACGCCGAGGCGGCUUCGGUCGUCGCGUUCCUCCACAACCAGACGGCCCUCAACCUGACGGCGGCCGCCGACGCCGGCAGCUGGGACAACAUCAUCACGACGCUCGACCUCGUGCCGCCCAACAAGACCGACACGGUCGCCUACCUGUCGGGCAACGCGAGCGAGCCGGCCCGGUACGCCUACGCGACCAUCAUGUUCAACGCGUUCGAGGAGCCCUACCUCGAGGACUACCUCGUCGGACCGCUGCCCAUCAACGAGAAGUCGACUGCUUCGCCCUACUCGUUCCACACGACCGCCGGCUCGUCGCGCAUCCGCAACUUCGACGCCGACGAGGACCUCACAUCCGAGUUCUUCGCCGCCGAGGCCGCCAAGUGCGACGACAUCAUCGAGGACUUGCUCGGCGCAAACUCAUCUCAGUACGACCUAUGGGGUAUCGACCCUGUAUGGCACGAGGGCGACCGCGUCGUGAGCUGGGUCGGCUUCUGGGGACGUCCCACGAGCGUGUUCGACGGCCAGACGCUUCUUCCGCAGGGGCUUUACCUCAGGUUCGACAUCACCGGUCGCGACCCGUCCAAGUGGAAGUUCCUCGGCUGGCUGCAUAACUACAAGCUCUACGAGACGUCGGCCGACUUCCGCGACGCGUGGGAGAAGGGCCUCGUCGAAAAGACGACGCGCAACGCCGGCAUGAACGAGACGUGGAUCGGUACCGACCGCCGUGGACCUGAGCUGCCGUACGACAACCGGCCGCCGCCUAUCCAGAUCGCUCCCGGUGGACAGCGCUUCGCGGUCGACGAGGAGGAGAACUACGUCGCCUGGAUGGACUUUACUUUCUACUGGUCUUUCCGCCGCGACACCGGCAUCCGCCUCUGGAACAUCAAGUACAAGGGCAACAAGAUCAUCCACGAGCUCGGCCUGAACGAGGCGCUCGCGCACUACGCCGGCAACGACCCCGUCCAGUCGGGUACUACCUACUUGGACACGUACUACGGCUUCGGCCCGUACGCGUUCGAGCUCAUCUCGGGCUUCGACUGCCCUUCGCACGCCCUAUACCUCAACACGACCUUCCACUCCAACGAGAUAUCGACGACGCACCGCCGCUCGCUCUGCAUCUUUGAGCAGGAUGCCGGCUUUCCGAUGCAGCGACACACGAACGGCCAGUACGCCUCGGCGACCAGGAACACACAACUGGUGAUCAGGAGCGUAUCGACGGUGGGCAACUACGACUAUACGUUCUCGGUCGUUUACAUGUUGGACGGCUCCAUCUCGACAGAAGUCAUGGCGUCCGGGUACAUCCAGUCGGCCUAUUACGCGGCCAACGGCGACUAUGGCUACAAGAUCCACGACGGUUUGAGCGGCUCGAUGCAUGAUCACGUCCUUAACUUCAAGCUCGACGCCGACAUCCUCGGCACGAGCAACACUGUCGGCUUCCACACGAUCGAGCCAAAGACCGUCAAGUACGACUGGUCGCCCGUCGAGCGCAACACGAUGCACCUCGUGCGUUCCGAGCUUCAGAACGAGGACAACGCGACGCUUCACUGGGCCGAGAACGCUCGGUCGAUGGUCCUCAUCUACAACAAGGACGAGAAGAACAAGUACGGCGAGGAGCGCGCAUGGCGUCUUAUGCCCCACAUCGGCGGCGCCGGCAUGUACAGCACGAUCCAGAACAGCACCAACGCCGGUCCUGCCCUCAAUUUCGCCAAGGCGCCGCUCUUCGUCACCAAGCACAAGGACAGCGAGUUCAACUCGGCGCACCCCAACUCGGCCUACUCGCCUUUCACCCCCAUCAUCGAUUUCGACAAGUACCUCGACGGCGAGGACCUCGUCCAGGAGGACCUCGUCCUCUGGUUCAACCUCGGCAUGCAUCACGUUCCUCAUACUGGCGACCUGGGCAACACGCAGCAUUCGACGGCCCACGCCGGCAUGAUCUUCAGCCCCCACAACUACGACGAUUUCGCGCCGUCGCAGCAGUCGAGCCAGAUGGUCAGGAUCAACUACAACGCGUCGACGGGCGAUGCCUUCGUCGAGGACGUUCUGACGUUCGGCGGCAAGUCGGCGUCGGGCAUGUUCAACUUGACCGCAGCGCAGCCCAACUACUAUGCGUACGAGGGCGAUUCCAACAUGCGCAAGUUCCCCUACUCGCCCGAGGACCCGUACGACGACACCGCCGCCAUCGUCUAG